ACAAAAAUGGUGACACGGCCUUGAAUAUUGCCGCACGUGUUGGAAAUAGCCAGUUAGUUCGUCAAUUGAUGGAAAUGGGGGCUAGCAAACAGAUAGAGAAUAAGAUAGGAUUGAAAGCAAUAGAUUUUGAUCCUACAGAGCGCAUAGAGUUUGAAGACAUAAACGAUGGUAGAUUAGAUACAUCCACAGACUUUUACAAUCAACCAAUUACAUCGAGUUUUGUCAAUCCUCGCAUUCAGAAGCUGAUCGACGAUGCAGAAACAGAAUGGAUCGAACAGUUAAGAUUAAAAGAUGAGCAACUCAUAGAGACGCGACGGCAGUGUAAUGCUACUUCAAGGCAACUUACCGAAGCAAAACACGCCGUUAACUUUUACAAAAAGCAAGAAAAAGAGAUCAACGAAACCGAAGAGUACAUCGAAUUUCUCGAGAAAGUUUUAGCUGCCGAAAGUCGAGAGGACUCUUUUGUCCCACAUAAACGUCAGAAAAUUGAACAUUCAAAUGGAGAAACGUCCGCGUUGGAUGUUCUUUCAACUGUUUCAACCUCCAUCCCCACAUCAAUAACAGGCUUGCGUCAGUCGGAUACUAACGCGUCAGAUCUGUCAUCCAUAAUACGGAUACCGCAGGAUCCCUCGUUGGCGUCGCCGACAAAUAAUUUCGGGAUCUCGGUUACCACCACAGGACCGCCAAUAUCUUCAAUUGCACAAAAUAAUAGUAGUCUGGUGACGCCCCAACCGCCUGCUCCCCCAGCUUCGCUUCCUCCAAUGUCUAAUGCAAUACCUCCAUCAUCAUCGGCACCGCCAAACACGUCUUCAAUAAACGCAACAUUUUCAUCAUCCCAGAGAACAUUCGUAAACUCUUUUAAUUCACAACCCACGGUAGACAAACCUCCAACAAUAACAAUAUCUCCUCCACCCACCGAACAACCUCAGUCAUCUCUUGCUUCCCAGCCUAUAUUUGUAACGUCACCUUCCAUGAUGCCAUAUAAUGAUGCCGUAGUUCCCGAAAAGUCGGCAUCUGAGAAGUUGAUUGAAAAUGAAAUCAGAAACCUCAUAGCACAAAUAAAUGCAUAUGCCGCGGACGAAACUUUGCUUCGACAGGAAAUUGAUUCCUUAAGAGAAAAGUCGAUGGAUUCAAUGAUGAAAUAUAAGAGGCUUAUAGCUUCUAUUUGUAAAAUUGAUUUGGACAAGGUGGAUGACUAUGUUGAAACAAUAUUAUCCAACGAUGCAGUGGAUUUCGAUGAGCCACGGAUCAAGGAUUUGAUGAACAGAGUGCGUAAUGAAGAAGAAAUGGAAGACUGUCUUUUCUAA